AGCAGCUCUGCACCCAGAGGCAGAAAGCAGCGGGACCAAGCUCAGCCGGGCCGUCCAUGUCCAGGAGUGGCCUCCUAACGAAGGCUUUCUCGGGGAAGUCGGUGGUAAUGCAGCCAGCUGCAUCCCAUGCCUCCUUCUCCCCACAGGUGGGCCGCAGGCUGCAGCAAGCUGUGCUGCCAGGCAGCCAGAGCCAGGAUCCAUCCGUCCGUCAGACCCGUCUGCCGCCACUAGCUCACCUGGAGAGCACAAGAGCCUCUGGGAGCCGCCGUGCACAGGCGGACAGACUGGAGCUCAGGCAGGCACUGCCCUGCAGCAGUGUCUCUGCAGAAGGGAGACGACCUCUGCCAUCCUUGCCGCCUCUGCCACGGCAGGCAACGCCACCGGCAGCUGCAGCCCAGAAUGCAGCUGCUGCUCGCAGUCAAGUUCCCACAUUGCCCACACUGCCCACAGUAGCCUCCAGGAGUUCUCCAAGAGGCGGAGCACGUGCUGUGGGAGCUACAGCCAGCAGACUGCCUGAGCUUGUCCCACGUCUUCAGGGCAACCCUCAGCACCAGGAUACGGCCGUGAGGGCCGACAGCUGGGAAGCAGUUCUGCAUGUCCCUGCACCCCCUCUCAUUCCUGCGAAUGAAACGCCCGAGUCCCUCAGGUUGGCAUACCGGAGGCGUUGGGUAGCCACAGGAGCAGGACCCUGCCAGAAACCAGCAGGUGCAAGGCAGCGUGCACCCACCAGCACUCGGGGAACCCCAGCACCAACAGCCCAGGUGCUGGCUGGGAACAGCCCCACAGAUCAAAUGCGACCUGAUCCCUGUGCUCAAGAGGGCACCGGAGAAGCUGACAGGGUCUCUACAUCACGUUCCCUGCCAGCAGAGCAGGCAGCAGACGAUGGUGCCAAAGGUGGUGGCACUUCUCCGGACAUGCUGCGUGCCAAGAGCACUGGAGAGAGGGCACGCUCCCGCAAGAGAGAGUGCGUGUUCCUGCCCUGCUGUCUUUGCACUUCCACCUGCUGCGAUGUUGUUGUGCAGGAGGUGCAGGAAGAGGGGGAAGACACCGCUGAGAGAGACGCUGUGGCAGGGGCAGCCAGAGAGCCUGUGAGCACAUCAGGCGGUGAGGCAGAGGCCCAGCCUCCAGCGGACGGUAUGGAACCCAAGCACUGA